CCGAUAAAAUUGAUGCUCAGUUAUGUUCUAACCAGUCACCAUUAGCUCUUUCUCUAUUCCGAUCUUCUCCAUAACCAAAUAGCUUUUUCACUAUGCAAGACCAAAUCCUCUCAUUUCAAGUUCUUUUCAGUUUCCUUCUUUUUCUUCUCGUCUUAUUCAAAGUAUCCAAGAAAUUGUACAAACAUGAUUCUAACCCACCGCCCGGACCACGGAAAUUACCUUUCUUAGGUAAUAUUCUCCAGCUCGCCGGAGAUGUACCUCAUCGCCGGUUAACAGCCUUGGCCAAAACUUACGGACCUGUAAUGGGUAUUAAACUCGGUCAGAUUCCUUUCCUUGUCGUGUCCUCCCUUUUCUUGUCGUGUCCUCGCCGGAAACAGCUUAAAGAAGUUGUAUGGAAAAUACAAGAUCCCGUCUUUCGCAUAACGGAAGAGAGCUUCUCGUUUGCCAGUAAAUAGUUGCUUUAUAACCGAAACGACAUCAUUUUUGGGUUGCUAACGGAGAUCCAAUGGAGGCAAAUUGAGAAAAAAUUUGCACAGUUGGAAUUACUUAAGCGCAAAAACGAGUACAGAUUCCUUUGAUCAAAACGAGUACAGUCCUUUCGAUCAGUGAGAGAAGAAGAAGUCGCAGAUUUAGUCAAAUUUCUUGGUUCGAAAGAGGGAAGUCCUGUUAAUCUUACUCAUACUUUAUUCGCUUUAGCAAAUUCUAUGAUUGCAAGAAAUACGGUUGGUCAUAAAAGCAAAAACCAAGAAGCAUUGCUAAGACUUAUUGAUGAUAUAAUUGAAUCAAUAGGAGGUGUUGGUAUAGCUGAUAUAUUUCCUUCCUUAAAAUGGCUUCCUUCAGUCCAAAGGGAAAGGUCUUGAAUUAGGAAAUUGCAUUAUGAAACAGAUGAGAUCCUUGAAGAUAUUUUACAAGAGCAUAGAGCUAACAGGCAGGCAGCGGCUUCCAGGAAUGGCGAUCAGAGGGGAGCUGAUAAUCUUCUUGAUGUUCUUUUGGAUCUUCAACAAAGCGGAAAUCUUGAUGUUCCUUUAACUGAUGUCGCCAUCAAAGCAGCAAUCAUUGAUAUGUUUGGAGCUGGAAGCGACACAUCCUCAAAAACCGUAGAAUGGGCAAUGGCUGAGUUGAUGAGGAAUCCAGAAAUAAUGAAGAAAUAACCAGAAAUAAUGAAGAAAGCACAAGAAGAAUUGCGGAAUUUCUUUGGUGAAAAUGGAAAGGUUGACGAAGCAAAACUUCAAGAAUUAAAAUGGUUAAAUUUAAUUAAUAAAGAAACAUUGAGAUUACAUCCUGCAGCAGCUGUAGUUCCAAGGGUUUGUAGGGAAAGGACUAAGGUGAGUGGAUAUGACGUUUAUCCUGGCACUCGGGUUUUCAUUAACGCAUGGGCAAUCGGAAGAGAUCCUAAAGUUUGGAGUGAAGCUGAGAAAUUCAAACCGGAGAGAUUUAUUGAUAGUGCAAUUGAUUAUAGGGGUACCAAUUUUGAACUAAUUCCAUUUGGAGCAGGAAAAAGAAUAUGCCCUGGAAUGACUCUAGGUAUGGCUAAUCUGGAGAUUUUCCUGGCAAACUUGCUAUAUCAUUUUGACUGGAAAUUUCCUAAAGGAGUAACUGCAGAAAAUCUUGACAUGAACGAAGCUUUUGGAGCAGCUGUCAAAAGAAAAGUAGACCUUGAAUUGGUUCCCAUUCCAUACCGUCCUUAAUUUUCAACUUCUUAUAUUCUAUCUGCAAAGUAAAGUUCACCUACUGAUAUAUUGCAUGCAGAUAACUAUAAGAUAGGGGUGGGUUUUUAGAAGAUAGGUUAUAGUUUUCUUGGCUUUAGUUUUUACUUUCAAAUGUACCAAAAAACGCUGUUGUGGUGUGUAAUAAAUUGAAUAAUGUCAAUCAAAUAAUGAAAUAAUGGAAAGAAAAUUGGGUUUUUGAUAAAAAUAAUG